AGCGCCACGAAAGGUCAGAGGAAGGAGUGGUGGGAAGCUUUUGCAGCAGGUACUGGGAGCUUAAGCCAGUGGAUUUGGGGGCCCUGGGCUCCCUAACCAACUGAGGUGUGAGCCAGACUCUGCUGAAAAUGGAGGGGGCAGGAAAGCACCGCGACUUUCAGGGCUCAGGGUUUGCAGAGAGCCGAAAUGACCAUGACUGCCAACAAGAAUUCCAGCAUCACCCAUGGAGCUGGAGGCACUAAGGCCCCCCGGGAGACUCUGAGCAGGUCUCAGUCAGUCUCUCCACCUCCAGUUCUGUCUCCACCGAGGAGUCCCAUCUACCCCUUCAGUGACAGUGAAACGUCACCCUGCAGGUUCCCCAACCGCUCCAGCUCCCGGCUCCUCCUCAAGAACCGGCAUCCCUGUGAUUCUUCACCCCCAAAUCCUCAAGAUCUCUCCCCAGAUACUUCACCACCCACCUGUCCCCUUAAGGUCACCAGCGUCAGCUAUUUGGACAGAAGCCCUUCAGUGUACAAGAGAGAGGGCCAGAAGGACAAUGUCCAGGGUGCAGCCCUGGAUGGAGAGGGAGUAGCUGCUUGCCUCCCCAUUGCCCAGAGCACCCCCUUCCUUGGGCCAGUGGCUGGCCCACGCAGUGUCUUGCUGACCCGCACUGGCACCCGUACCCACAACCUGGGUAUACGGGAGAAGAUCUCAGCAUGGGAAGGUCGCCGAGAGGUGUCAGCCAGGAUGAGCCUGUGUGGAGAGAAGCUGGAGGGCUCUGGAAGCGAGUGGGCGGCCAGUGAGGGCUGCCCCAGUGUGGGCUGCCCCAGUGUGGUGCCAUCUCCCUGCAGCUCAGAAAAGACCUUUGAUUUCAAGGGCCUCCGGAGGAUGAGCAGGACCUUCUCUGAGUGCUCCUACCCUGAGACCGAGGAAGAGGGAGAUGUACUCCCUGUGCGGGACUCUUUGUACCGGCCAGAGAAGCGGUCAGGCCGGAGUGAGCCCAGUACCUUCCUCAGGGGGCAUGGCAGCAGGAAGGAGAGCUCAGCAGUGCUGAGCCGGAUCCAGAAAAUUGAACAAGCCCUAAAGGAGCAGCCAGGCCGGGGGCUCCCCCAGCUCCCCAGCAGCUGCUACAGUAUAGACCGUGGGCGAAGGAAGACAAGCACCUUGGGCACCUUGGAGGAGCCAGCAGGGGGCACAGGUGUGAGCUCUGGCAGCCAGACAGUUGGAUUGGCUGGAGUUGGGGGGGAGGCAGGCCCACCCCUGGACAGGGAAAGCAGUGGUUCCGCGAAGCCAGGAUCCCCUGGAAAUAGCCCUCGUUCCCAGCGGCUACCAUUGAAGAGCUCCCCUGAUCCCGCUGUGAACCCUGUCCCCAAACCUAAGCGCACCUUUGAAUAUGAGGCUGACAAGAACCCCAAGAGUAAGCCAAGCAAUGGUCUACCUCCUUCGCCCACACCUGCUGCUCCACCUCCCUUGCCCUCCACCCCAGCCCCACCAAUCACCCGGAGACCCAAGAAGGACAUGCGUGGUCAUCGCAAGUCCCAGAGCAGAAAAUCCUUAGAGUUUGAGGACGCAUCCAGUCUCCAGUCCCUGUAUCCUUCUUCUCCCACUGAAAAUGGUACUGAGAGCCAACCCAAGUUUGGAUCCAAAAGCACUUUAGAAGAGAAUGCCUAUGAAGAUAUUGUGGGAGAGCUGCCCAAGGAGAAUCCAUAUGAGGAUGUGGACUUGAAGAACCGAAGAGCCGGACGAAAAUCCCAGCAACUGUCUGAGAACUCCUUAGAUUCUUUGCAUAGGAUGUGGAGUCCUCAAGACAGGAAGUACAACAACCCUCCCAUGCAGGAAGCAGGAAAAGCUAAGAAGGUAGUGGAGCAACUUGUCCAAAGAAUUAACUCCAUCUACAAUGCCAAGAGGGGAAAGAAGAGGUUAAAAAAGCUGUCUAUGUCCAGCUUUGAGACAGCGUCGUUGAGAGAUGAGAACAGUGAGAGCGAGAGUGACUCUGAUGACAGGUUCAAAGCCCACACACAGCGCCUGGUCCAUAUCCAGUCCAUGCUGAAACGUGCACCCAGUUACCGGACCCUGGAGCUGGAGCUGCUUGAGUGGCAAGAACGGGAACUCUUUGAGUACUUUGUGGUGGUGUCCCUUAAGAAGAAGCCAUCCCGAAACACCUACCUCCCUGAAGUCUCCUACCAGUUUCCCAAGCUCGACAGACCCACCAAACAAAUGCGGGAGGCAGAAGAAAGGCUCAAAGCUAUCCCCCAGUUUUGUUUCCCAGAUGCUAAGGACUGGCUCCCUGUGUCAGAGUAUAGCAGUGAGACCUUUUCUUUCAUGCUGACUGGGGAAGAUGGCAGCAGACGCUUUGGCUACUGCAGGCGCUUACUGCCAAGCGGGAAAGGGCCUCGAUUGCCAGAGGUGUACUGUGUCAUCAGCCGCCUUGGCUGCUUCGGCUUGUUUUCCAAGGUCCUAGAUGAGGUGGAACGCCGGCGUGGGAUCUCCGCUGCAUUGGUCUAUCCCUUCAUGAGAAGUCUUAUGGAGUCGCCCUUCCCAGCCCCAGGGAAGACCAUCAAAGUAAAGACUUUCCUGCCAGGUGCUGGCAAUGAGGUGUUAGAGCUGCGGAGGCCCAUGGACUCCCGUCUGGAGCACGUGGACUUUGAGUGCCUUUUUACCUGCCUCAGUGUGCGCCAGCUUAUCCGAAUCUUCGCCUCUCUGCUGCUGGAGCGCAGGGUCAUUUUCGUAGCAGAUAAGCUCAGUACCCUGUCCAGCUGCUCCCAUGCUGUGGUGGCCUUGCUCUACCCCUUCUCCUGGCAGCACACCUUCAUUCCUGUCCUUCCGGCCUCCAUGAUUGACAUCGUCUGCUGUCCCACCCCUUUCCUGGUUGGCCUGCUCUCCAGUUCCCUUCCUAAACUGAAGGAACUACCUGUGGAAGAGGCGCUGAUGGUGAAUCUGGGAUCUGACCGAUUUAUCCGGCAGAUGGAUGAUGAAGACACAUUGCUACCCAGGAAGUUGCAGGCAGCUCUGGAGCAGGCUCUAGAGAGGAAGAAUGAAUUGAUCUCCCAGGACUCUGACAGCGACUCUGAUGAUGAAUGUAAUACCCUCAAUGGACUGGUAUCAGAGGUGUUUAUCCGGUUCUUUGUGGAGACUGUUGGGCACUACUCCCUCUUUCUGACCCAGAGUGAGAAGGGGGAGAGGGCCUUUCAGCGAGAAGCCUUCCGCAAGUCUGUGGCCUCCAAGAGCAUCCGCCGUUUUCUUGAGGUUUUUAUGGAGUCUCAGAUGUUUGCUGGCUUCAUCCAAGAUAGGGAGCUACGGAAGUGUCGGGCAAAGGGCCUCUUUGAGCAACGAGUGGAGCAGUAUUUGGAGGAGCUCCCUGACACUGAGCAGAGUGGGAUGAACAAGUUUCUCCGAGGCUUGGGCAACAAAAUGAAGUUCCUCCACAAGAAGAAUUAAAAACACCUUUCCCAGUAGCGGGAGUCCAGUGCCUCAAAGGGUGGUGGGGAGAGGGCUCAGCUUGGGACCCUCUGGGCUGCUGUGGCUGCUCUGCCCCGCCCCACAGACCCCACCUCCAAGCCAGCCCACCGCUGCCUUCACCACAUCCCAGGAUACUGUUUGUAAAUAAUCUGCUAUUAGCCUUCUUAACUGUUUUUGUAACAUGCAAAGAGAAUCUGGUAAAUAUCUGUAUAUUCCCAAGGGGCUGGGUGCUUUUCCGCCUUGCCUGAGAAUGGAUGGAGUGUUGCUGGGUGCUGGUGACUGGCCAAUUAUGUGCAGCUGACUGUCUCAGCCGAACCACUGAUCUUCCCUGGAGGCUUCUGGCCUGCCUGCCUGCCUUCAGCCCCUGCUGCCAGUCUCGGGCCCUGGAGAGCAGACACUGUCUUGUUAUGUACAGGAGGACUAUUAUUUUUAAUCUUAGAGUUUCUAUUUUUUUUUUCUGGUAGUCUCCUCCCUCUAGCCUGUUUUUGAAAGGCAAAGUUUAUUUGUCUCCAUUUGCAGCAUGGAACCAGGUUCUGGACCUGGUGCCGAGAUGGUCAGUGAAUUAUGGGACGCCCACCCUCAGCUCUGCCUGUGUGCUCUCUGGGCUCUGCUCCCAGCCAGUGGUGGCCACGUGGCCAUUGAUGCGGUACAGGGCAUUCCCUCCUUCCCACCAUCAACAAGUGUUCUCAAUAAACAGUGUACAGCCA